AUGAACAGGAUAACUCUGUACGACUUUAUAUUAGAUGAAGUAAGGGGGGGGAGGUACUACGACUCGUACCUGAGUGAUGGUGAAAACGCUGAAGGAGAUGUGGCGGGAGCGCCGGAACGGAAGGGGAAGAAAAAUUUAAGCGAAGGGAAUGCCGCGGGAAGAGGGGCAACAAAAACGCCCAGCAAUGGUCAGGUAAACAACCCCGGAAAGGAUGACCGCCAAUACGACUUUUACAAAUUUUUGGACACCUUUUUUAAGACAGACUCCAUUCCAGAAAACGCACUAGAGCAUAUGAUGAAUGUGCCAUUUUUCUUGGAGAAAAUCAUGAGCUUCUCCUUUCUCCUCUGUCUAGAUAACAUCCUUUAUGACAUUACAUUUAUGCCUGUCCAAGUCAUUCGGUCUCUCUCGAUUUUAGUGUACAGAUUUCUCAGAAAUACUGGUCAUAAUUUUUUGAUCCAUUUCUGCAAUAUAAAAAAUUUCAAAUUUUAUAAAUAUGCAACAACGUACAAUCAUCAAGAUUUAAAAAAAUACAAAGCGAGGAUGAUUAAAAGUUCAAAUAAAUUUUCUCCAACUGAAAGAAGAAAAAGAAGAGUGUUGAAAAAAAAUAAAAAAAUUAAAAUUGCUAAUCAAUCAUGGAAGAAAAAUUCAUUUGAAGAUUCGUUCAUUUUGAAAAAAAAUUCAUCGAAGAACUCUUUUUUUGGACAACAUCGUGUAAACUAUUUCUCCUACAACGUGAAUUAUUCCAACUCGGAUGAACUGAGCUUCGAGGGAGUAAAAAGCAUUUCGCAGAAUAACUCUAUAGACACGAAUGCUGUGCUGAGUAGAUUAAGAAGUCUGAACAAGCUGGGCAGCAGCGUGGACCUGGGCUCCAACCGUGACAGCCCUGCCACCCACGCCUGCUCUGCGGAUCACACUCGCUGUGCCGACUUCCCAAUCGGCAGCUCCGGCGAAUACGCAGAUGGGAAGCCACUCCAAAAUGGAGAAUCCAUCACAGGCGUGAAAAAAGAUGACGCCGACCACUUAAGGGACGCCCAUUUUGAGAGGCGAAAAAGGAGAGCCGAGAUAAAGCAUAACAAGAGAAUGCUACAAAUGCUUAAUAAAAAAUCGAUAGAAAUAAAUUCCCAUCGAAGGAGAAAGACAAAUCGACUCUCCUAUCUCCUCCUCUUCGAACCGAUCGCAUUUGUAAAAAGGAAGAUAUGUUAUGUUUUAAAAACUUCAACCAAGAAUGUAUACGACGUAUUCAAGCGCGUCUGCAUCAGAGUGCUGCUUUUCUUUCACAUCAACAGACUCUACUCGUGUAGCAUUUUUAAUGUCGAGGAGAAGAAGAAAAUUGUCACCCGUUCGUUUGAGGCGAAGUGCUUGGGAAGUGGUAAAAAGGGGGGCGGCCAAGCCGAGGGGGAGCGGCAAAGCGACGCUGCAAAGAUAGAGGAACGGCAGACGGGUGGUGAUCAAUCGAAGGAGCAGCUAUGCGGGGAUGGUGAAGCGAAGGAACAGCAAACGGGUAGUGAUCAAUCGAAGGAGCAGCUAUGUGGGGAUGGUGAUGCGAAGGAACGGCAAACGGGUGUUGACCAAUCGAAGGAGCAGCUAUGCGCGGAUGGCGAAGCGAAGGAACGGCAAACGGCUGGUGAUCAAGCGAAGGAACGGCAAACGGCUGGUGAUCAAUCGAAGGAGCAGCUACGCGCGGAUGGCGAAGCGAAGGAACAACCCCGUGACAAUCCGACUGCCGAACAGGCCACCCAACAGGAGGGCGAACCAGCGGGGACUGCACAAAAUGGCCAAGUACACAAAGGGGAGAGCCCAAACCAGGCAAGUCAUCUAACACAGAAGAAAGAGGAACCCCCAAAGGAUAGCUCAUUGUUCCUUCCAAUCAAUAACCGACAAAACAGUACGAAAAAUUAUUCCCAAAAGGGUAGUCUCCAACAAAAUGGGGAUGACAUAAUAAGUGAUUUUUCCAACCACAGUGACUACACAACUGAUGGAAGUGACCUCUCGUGUAGUAGCAACCCCACAGACAUAUGCGACGUGUUCGAUGGGGUGCUAUUCCUGGAUGGACAGAGUAACCCCGACGAGGAAAACGACCCAAGUGAUUCAUACGGACAGAACCAGAACGAUCAACUCAACCCCCUUUUUAUGACCCAAAAAAGAAACAGCGAAAAUUGCGUCUAUUACAAACUUAAUGAGGGAUACACAAAGAGAAGAAGCAUAAUGAAAAAUAUUUCCAAAGUUAAAGAAAUGAAGAGAAAAUUACUCAGGCAGCAUUUGAACUCUCUCAAAUUAUCUUUCCCAGAAUAUAGCGGACUAAUACGAAUGUCCCUUAUCCUUAUAUGCAUCUACAUUUUUUCCUUUGUCGACACCUCUAGGAUUUACCAUUAUAUAAGAGCCCAACCCUUUAUGAAACUAUACGUUGUUUUGAAUAUGCUUGAAAUUGUAGAGAGACUGCUGAGGUCAUUAGGGAAGGACCUCAUAGAUAAUAUGAUUCGAACUUUCAUCAGAAUUAUUAACUUACGAUCCUAUGUGUACAUUGUUAGGAAUCACUACACGAGUAAAGAGAAUGAACAAAGGGAAGCGGGGGGAAUGCCCGGGAUGUCGGAACAAACCCCAAGUGGGGCUUCGCAAGGAAGGAAAAAAGCUACCUUCCCAGCAGCUUCCCCCACGACUGCCAUGAAUGGCAUGACUACCACGGCUGCCACGACUACCACAACUACCACAACUGACAUGACUGCCACACCUGCAGCCACCUCGGGGGGAUCCGCCAUCCAAGCGGACCACAGCCCGGAAAACAAAUCGCCAACUCAGAAACAUCCAACCCCCUGUGAGGACCCCCCGAAUGAUCACCAAGCGACGAACAAACCAACAGACAUUUGCCCAAUUGGCAACGGUACACAAGACGCGGAGAAGUGUAGAAAUAAAAUUGCCACCACCCCCAGGCACAACCAAAAGCAAAGCCAAAACCAGAACCCAAACCAGAACCAAAACCACAGCCAGAACCAGCUCAGUUCGAACCAGCUCAGUCCGAACCAGCUCAGCCAGAACCAGCUCAGCUCGAACCAGCUCAGUCCGAACGAACGGGAAAAAAACAAAAUCGAUUGCCUCAAAAAUAACAAGGACGACCAAAUGAACAAGAAAUUUAAAAUCCCCAUCUUCUACCCCUUCUAUAGUAUACUCAUCAAAUUUAUUGUGCAGUACAUUUUUGUCCUUACCUAUAUCUUAACCCACGCCUUUGCGCACCUCAUACGCUUCCUCUCUCUGAACAUUGCGAUCAAUUCGUCGGAGUCGACCAUGUUCCUGAUCCUAGUGAUGAGUAACUUCACAGAAAUCAAGUCAACCGUCUUCAAAAAAUUCUCCAAGACGUCUCUGUUCACAAUUGUUGCUUCAGAUGCAGUCGAGCGCUUCUACCUCUUCAUCGAUGCCUUCCUCGUGUUGCUAAAAAUGUCCACUGCGUACAGAACGCAGAAUUCGUUUUUUAGCAUUUCCAGCUGGCUCAUAAUUAUUCUGCUCCUCGAGGUCGGCGUCGACUGGUGCAAGCACUCCUACUUGCUGAAGUACAACAAAUUGGAUUCGGAGUCCCUCAACAAAUAUUUCCACACCCUCCUGGCCGACGUCCUAAUUUCCAGAACUCCCAACAACAACAUCUACUACAUGAACACCUCCUCCUUCGAAGUGCCCUGCAAAAACAUUUUCUGCUUUGCGCACAUCCCCACGCGAAGACUUGGCUACAUGUCCAUGCCGGUCAUUAUCCUCUCAGUUAUGAUUGUGUCCUACACGAUAUCCGAAAAGAAGCAUCUUAAAAACCUGGGGAAGCCAUAUGACGAUAUUAGUGCCAUGUGA